UCUUCUGGGUGAAGGCCGAAUAUUGAGACUUCCGAUUUGUGAUUAGCUGCAACAGCUGACGCUAUGAACAGAAUUUUAAGAUCAUCAGUGUCAAAAAUCAGGGCUUUGACAUACGUGUCAUGUCCGCCCAGGCACGUCCAGCGUACUGUAAGUGUCCACACAACCAGUGUUAGGUACAGUGAUGAGACAGGAGGUAGGACAACUGACUACAGCCGCUUCCCAGUGCCAGAAAUGGAGGACCUACCACAAGACGUGAGAGACAGGAUGACUGAGGUGGAAGAAAAGUCAGGAUUCAUGCCUAACGUCUUCAAUGCGCUGUCCUAUCGGCCUGAUGAUCUUCGAUGCUUCCUAAACUACUAUGAUGUUGUGAUGGCUGACAGAGGUAACUUGACGAAGGCCGACAAGGAGAUGAUCAUUGUUGCGACGUCCUCAGACAACAGUUGUUUGUACUGUAUAAUAGCCCAUGGAGCUCUGCAUCGGAUCUACUCCAGGAACUCACAACUAGCAGAUCAGCUGGCAGCAAACUGGAAAACGGCUGACAUUGAUGCUCGUCAGUAUGCUAUCAUAGACUUUGCAAUGGAUGUCUGCCACUGUCGCCCCCUGUCUGAGGAGAAGUUCGAAAAUCUAUACAAGCACGGCCUCACGAAGGACGAUGCCUGGGACAUUGGAGCGGUUGCAGCACUUUUUGCCCUGUCUAAUCGUAUGGCUUACCUCACCAAUAUGAAACCCAACAAGGAGUUCUAUCUAAUGGGCAGAGUGAAGCAGGAAAAGAAGGAAUAGACCAAACAAAGCACAAAAUGGGAUAGCUUCUAUUUCACAGGAAAAGAAAUGGACAAAAAACUGAGUGAUUCAAAGUAGAUAAACAGAAUAAAAUAAGAAGAAUGAAGCCGAGUUAGACACUAGAGCAGCAGUCAGUGUAAAAGGUUAAAUGGGUUGCUGUAUUGGUUUAACACCAACACUAAGUUGUAGCCAUAACAUGAAAUCCUGUUUUUAAAGUUAUUUGAGAAGUGUGUUAUGGUUUUGGAAUACAUGUACUAUAAUUAUGUUAUGUGCCUUACAGAUUCCUCUACAUUAUAACUCAGGUAAAAUAUUGUGUUGGGAUGGCAGAGUAGAUAGUGCUCUCCCUUUUCAUCAAGAUAUCCAGGAUUUGAUUCCCUCAUCCUAGGUUCAAAGGUAUUGGGUUGCCUGCCUGACGUUGUGGCUUUUUCUGCAUGUUCUCUGGCUUCCUCCCACAUUAAGACCACAUACAGGAUUCCAUUCAGACCAACAAGAGGGAUUAAUAAAUUAUGUCAUAAUUGUUUUAAAAUAACCUUAAAUUAAGUCAUGUAUAAUUUUAAUUUAAUGGUGCAGGGUAUUAAGCCAAUGCUGUUUCUUUGUUCUCGGUGGAUCUGAGGGUCCUUUAUCCCUCAGUUGGACACCUGGAAGUAUUCAGGUUGACUGAGCAGCAGAGUUGAAUCAGGAAGAUGUAUCAGUCAUUACCGUAUGAGGGUAGGUUUCUUCAACGUUAUUCUGUACUUGCCAAUCGGUUUCGCCAUAUAAGCCGGCUUUGUUGUUUACGAAGCCAGCUAAAAGGUCGAGACCAGUUGACAAGUACAGAAUAUUUGCAGAAACAAUGCUGUGGGAUUGUUACUUGUACCUGGUUCAACUCGACUGCUUGAUCAUCCAGCUGAUACCUCUACCUUAUAACGAGUAUUAUAUCUAGCUUUUUAGCACUCAAAACCAUUCAGUAGAGCACUAAUUCUACAAGUACAAAAUGUAAUAGACAUUAAUUUGUUGCUGUACAAUUGGAAUAAUUACAAUGGGUCAAUUGCUGAGGUAUUACUCGUGAUCACACGGACUAUGUGUUAGCUCACCUGCCAGAAGGGCAAGUGAGCUUAUGCCAUGGUGCGGCGUCCGUCGUCUGUUUGUCCGUCUGUCU